UAUUAUAGGAAGUAGUAUCUGUUUUGUAAAACAAUAAUAUCCUCUCUAAUAGUUACAGAAGAGAAAUUGAUCAUUCUUGCUAAAGUUUUUCUGCUUUUUUCUUUUUGAAAUUCCUUCCAAUUCCAUUUGGAAGAGAAUUUCAUUUCAAUCAACCCCUUUAUACCCAAAGUUAUAUUUCCCUACAAACCCUAAUUCAAAUUUAUCUCUGUUUCUUUCCAUUUAUACAAAGUUUGAAUCCUUUUUAGUGUCAAAGAUUCUUGAUUUUCUUUUCUUGUUUUUUUUUUUUUUGGCUUUUAAGGAUAAUUUAUAUAUAAAAAAAGAUAUUGGUUUUCAUUUCUGGAUGUUUUUCUUUUUAAGGGUAAUCUCAAAAAGAUUUAAAAGGGUUUUUUUUGGCUUUUAAGGGUAAUUUGAAGAAGAUAUUGGUUUUCAUUUCUGGAUGUUUUUUUCUUUUAAGGAAUUUCAAAAAGAUACAAAAAGGAACAAAUUUGGUUCCUUUUCUGGUUUUUGCAGUUAAGGGUAAUUUUCAGGAAGAUAUAAAGAAAGAAUCUUUAUAUUCUUUUUCUGGGGAUUUUGUAUUUUUGAAGGUUUAGUUAUUAAGAAGAUAUAAAGGAAACAGAGAUGAUGGGUAGUGAGAGCAAUAACAAUCAACAGUUAAUAGGAGGAUAUCAUGUGUCAGAUGAAUUGUUGGGAACAUUUUUACCAAUAAUAGUGUAUUGGGUAUAUUCAGGAUUAUAUUCAAUGCUUGGGGGUGUAAUGGAUAAUUAUAGGUUACAUUCAAAGAAAGAUGAGGAUGAGAAGAAUUUGGUGUCUAAAAAGGAAGUUGUUAAAGGUGUUCUUCUUCAACAGGUUGUUCAGGCUGCUGUUGCCACCCUUCUCUUCGCGGUCACAGGGAAUGACGGUGAAUCUGAUGGGGAUCAACACGCUUCUAUUUUUGUUCUUGGAAGACAGUUCUUUGUUGCCAUGGUGAUGUUAGAUACUUGGCAAUAUUUUAUGCAUCGGUACAUGCACCAAAACAAGUUCUUGUACAAGCAUAUCCAUGCUCAACAUCAUCGGCUAAUUGUUCCAUAUGCAUUUGGAGCUUUGUACAACCACCCUUUAGAGGGUCUGAUUCUUGAUACAAUCGGUGGGGCUCUAGCUUUCCUCGUCUCAGGCAUGUCACCGCGUACCUCCAUCUUCUUUUUCUCCUUCGCUACGAUCAAGACGGUUGACGAUCAUUGCGGACUAUGGUUGCCUGGAAACCUCUUCCAUAUCUUCUUUAAGAACAACUCCGCUUACCACGAUAUUCAUCACCAGCUUUACGGGACCAAGUUUAACUACUCACAGCCUUUCUUCGUGACUUGGGAUAGAAUACUUGGUACGUACAUGCCAUAUGAACUUGAGAAGAGACCAGAAGGAGGUUUUGAAGCUAGACCUGUUAAAGAUUGCAAGGAACAGUGACAAUACUGUUAGUACAUGUUUGUCAUAGAGUAUGUACCACUGCACUUCUUUCCUUUUCUGAAAUGCUUUAGUUACUCAAUUAAUUUGUAUAUAGUUGUAUGUUUCUGCAUAUAUUGUUGUAUUACUGGUGUUCUUUUUGAGGUUGAAAAAGGAAUAGGGUCAAAUAAUAGUUUCCUUUUUAAACGCUGUCUCAGAAUCUGAUUUCUGGUAUUCAACUGCAAACAGAUAUAAAACUUGUCUAGAAAUCUAUUGUGUGCCUUGACUUCUUUA